CUCAUCGCGAUAUAUGUCGUUUUCCGAUAUCGAUCUUGUAACGCUGCUCGCGUCAAAUGUCGUUUACAGCGUCCUCCUUACUGACCUUGUUUACAUCGUAAAUAACAUAAUUUUACGCGGGUUUAAUGUUUAAAUUGACUGCAAUAAUUGUUGUUGCGGCCCUGGUAUAUGCAUAUGUAAAACUGUCAAAGCAAAUUUUACAAUAGUAAUUUAAUUAUGCGUACCGGAACUGGGGCAUUUUUUAUGCAUAAAUAAUUUUCAAAAUGGCGGAUUCCGAUUCGUCUGAUUCUGAAGUGUACGAUAUAAACCCGGAUUUCUUGGAUUCCUCGGAUGAAAGUGAUGGCGAGUUCGAAGGAUUUGAACGAGUAGACUAUGAGAGAAACCGUGGCGUGAUUGUUGAGUUGCCUUUGAUUGACUUUGCACCGCAAAAUGACGCAGAUCUAGAGGCCGACCUUGAACUUGGAUGGACACGCGACGAUGGCGUUCCAGAUAUUGCCCCCUUCACUGGGGAAUCGAGAUUGCUCGUCGACAUGGACUCUACAGAGCCUAUUGACUUUUUUCAUUUAUUUAUUGAUGAUGAAUUUAUACUAAAAGUGACUGUAGAAACCAACAAGUACGCUGAUAACCGGCUAGUAAUGAUGGAGGCCGCCAACAACUUGAAGCCUCACAGCAGAAUGCGGAAGUGGGUCGCUGUGACAGUUGAUGAGAUGAAGGUCUUUUUAGGCGUCGUCAUAUGUAUGGGCCUUGUCUACAAACCAGACCUUGGGACGUAUUGGAGUACGGACACGUCUACUGAGACACCAUUCUUCAGCAAGACCAUGCCCAGAGACCGAUUCAUGGCCAUUCUCAGCAAUUUCCAUGUUACCAAUGAUGUGGACCGUAAUGACCCUCUGUCCCGAAUCCGGCCAAUGAUUGCUCAGGCUAUGGCAAAGUUUUCGGACGUCUACUCCCCUGAGCAGAACCUGAGUUUUGAUGAAGGGACGUGUCCAUGGAAGGGCCGACUAAAAAUCAAGGUGUACAACCCAGCCAAACCUGUCAAGUUUGGAAUCAAGCUAUUCCAGCUUUGUGAAGCCAGCAGUGGCUACUGCCUUGGCUUUGAUGUGUACGCCGGGAAACGUAAUGAGACUAACACAAACUAUUGUGAAGCAUUAGGCAUAGACCCCGAUCGCCUUACAAUCACUUCCCAAUAUGUGCUUGGUCUGAUGGCUAGGUGUGGAACUUUAGGUCAUGGCCAUCAUGUGUAUAUGGAUAAUUUUUACACAUCUCCAGAACUGUUUGAUGAACUUGAGGCACAUGGCACCUACUCUUGUGGAACAUUACGGGCAAACAGACGCGGUGUACCGAAAGCUGUCCAACAAAAGCGUAAGCUUGCCGAGUAUGAGUGCGUCUACCGCAAGAAUGGGGCCACUACAGCAUUGAGAUUCCACGAGAAGCGAGAUGUCACUAUGCUGACAAACAUUCAUCCCCCACAAAUGAGUGUGUUGUGGAAGACCAAGUAUGGGACUCGUGAGCAUGUGAAGAAGCCUACAUGUAUUGUUGAGUACUGCAAGUACAUGGGUGGGGUAGAUUUGCUUGACCAGUACAACCAGUACAACUCCAUUGCCCGCAAAACAAAGAAGUGGUGGCGCAAACUCUUUUUUCAUAUCAUGAACAUUUGUUUGGUGAAUUCAUACAGACUGUAUGAGAAGUUUACCACAAACCAGCCAAAGAAGGACCAUGAGAGCUUCCGCCAGUCAGUCCUCGAAUCCUUGAUUGAAGAAGGCGGUGGUCCCAGAGGACAAUCGGUCAGACGCGGGCGCCCUGUCCUUGGUGAGAAGCCUUCACGAUUGACUGGAAGACACUUCUCUGACUUCAUCCCUGCUAAAGCUGGGGCAAAGAGAGCCAGGCCCCUCAGAGACUGUGUGGCUUGUAAUGUCAAGGUAGAGAACAGGGUUGGUUUCAAGCGGCAACAGACAUCUUUCUGGUGCCCAGACUGUAAAGUGGCAUUGUGCCAUCCACGAUGCUUUCAAGUGUAUCAUUCCGUUCAGGACUAUAAGAAUGUUCUGAUUCAGUGACUUUGUCAAUAACAAAUGAAAAAAGAUGUGUACAAGGUGUGACUGUGAAUGGAAAUCUGAACAGGAGAACUGUGUAUAACUGUUUUUGUAUAUAUUGAAAAUUUUGAAGGUAUAAUAUGCCAUAUGUGUAACAUUGUUUACAUUAUUUAUUUAUUUAUUUAUUUAUGUAAAUAUUUAUUUAUUUAUGUAAUUAGUUUGUUUUACUUGUAAAAGAGCAUUUGAAUCUAUUAGAACUCCUAAAAAACUGAAUGCAGUGAUUUUUGUUAUGCCUGAAAUUUCGGCAAGAUUUCUAAGCUCACCUGUAAUUAGUUUACCUGUAAUUUCAAACAGUAAGUAAUGAAUUUUUACCAAAAUGUUGUUCUGUACUGUUAUACAUUGUUUAUUUACUGUAUUUUUAACCAUUUUGGUGAAAAAUAAAUGUGAAUAGUGUAUUUGUUUUUAUUUACUUACCUUGAUUACAAUAAUCUUACCUGUACAGGUGCAAAUUUUUAUCAAGUCGCCAAAUGAGAACUAUCAUUGAAAAGUUCAAACAUUGAGGAUGUAUUUGCAUAUAACUUUUAUGUGUCUAUCACAUAAAAUAAAGGAUUUACACACAUUCUUGUAACUAGGGUAUCCAGCUAUUGUUUUAGCUCAAUUAAUCCAGCAGAGACAGAUUAUCAGUAUAUCAUAUAUAUAGCGGCUUAAGGGUUAACAAACAUUAUAUAACAUCUUUCAUCAAACCUGUGAUGAAAAUAAGCCCUAAUUGACAGUUUGAAGUUGUAGAAAAGUUUAAAGCUAUUACA